AUGGAUGAAGUAAUCGAUCAUUGGAAAAAGCUCCGUUUUGAUGAUUUCGAACCGGCGAAAGAGGAGACCACCGAUUUGAAACCUCUAUCUCAACCGGCUAAAACCAAAGGUGGGCCUAAAAAGCCAAAAACUACUCAAGAUGACACAUCAACUAAACUAGAUCUUUCUUAUUGUGAACAUGUUGAUGCAUUGAUCCCGGAUUCACCUACACCAAAGUCUAAGUGUAGUGCUAACAAAGGAGCACGUAUUUCGAAGUUGUCUCGCACACCUCUGAUUAAAAAACCUCUGAUGAUCUACAUUGAUGAGAAGCCGCUAUUUAUGCACAAAUAUAUUGAUAAUAUAGUUGAUGUGGGUAUCGAAGGUAAUCGUGGGUAUCAGACUGUUGCCGGUUUGCUCGGAAAAGGAAAAGAAAAUCACACUCUUAUUCGACGGGCACUUAUUUCAGAGUUGACUUCGCAUAGGGACAUCUACGGCCGAAUUUAUGAGAAACAAGAAAACUUUGAUAAAGUUCACGAUUCCCUAGUUCCAUCACUAACCGGUCAUGCACCGGUUUCUAAGUGGAUGUCAUUCCCCAAGAUGGGUCAUCUUAUAGCAAGUGCGUACGACCGGGUGUGUGUCGAUUUAACGAGAUUUGGUUUUUCGGAGACAUUUUUUGCGCUUCAUAGUUGCCCACCUUUAGACGUGUUCGGCCGCAUCAUUUGUAUCGGGUAUCAAAGAUUGCGCCACUUUGUGCAAGUUUUUUUGAAAUUGGGGUGUCAUAUUCCGACUACAUCUUGUUAG